AUGCCCACACGUGCGCUACCCGAUAUCCUUAUUUACGACACUGUCAGCGUCACAAGAGUUCAAAGCAGUAUUCGUUCCUGGGCAUUAGGUCAUACGCCCCUCAUGUUUGAUCGCGUUAUUUUCUUCGGAGGAUUCGUCGGCGCCAAGCAAUUUUUCAGCGUCAUAUUCCUGUAUCUUGCUUCUUCAUCCCUAGGCCACCUCUAUUAUUCAAUACCUCCAACGGCAGCUAGACGCGUCCCUGUGCCUUCACCGGAGCACCGCAAAAACCUCGCACAUUUGCGGAAGGAACGGGGAUACACCGUACCGUUUGCAACCAGUAUCGUCAGAUACAAGCUUCUCGACUACUAUUCUGGCAAUAUACCCUACUAUGUGUCAGCAGCAAGAUACAACCUUUUCCUUUCGCUGUUGUUCAUACCACCCCCCGCGCAACCGAUAAUCCAGCGGACCGUCUUGAGUAUGACCUCUAGCCCUUCUCUGCGUCCUCUUGGCGGAUCCGAGUGCGAUUCCGAAAGAGACAGCAACCGCCUGGUUUCCCUUCUUUCGACUCGAUCUUUACCCGCAUAUACACCGACUAUGAAGCCCCAAGUCAUCGCUACCACUCUCGCUCUGUUUUCGGCUCAAGCAGCCGCACAUACCAUCUUCCAGGAACUGUAUGUCAAUGGGGUUUCUGCUGGACAUUUGAAGGGUAUUCGUCACCCGACUUUCAACGGCCCGAUCACCGAUGUGACUAGCAACGAUGUGAUUUGCAAUGGCGGUGUCAACCCACUUGUCACCCCUUUUGACAAGACUAUCAUUAAUGUUCCUGCCGGAGCAACUAUUACCCAUGAGUGGCACCACAGCCUCAAAGGAUCCGAGCCCUCUAAUCCCGAUGAUCCUAUUGGUGCUAGCCAUUUGGGUCCUGUUAUGGUCUACUUGGCCAAAGUUCCCGACGCUACACAAGAGUCCGUUACUGGUCUUAAAUGGUUCAAGAUUGCCGAGGACGGUUUGGAUGCAAACGGAGUGUGGGGUGUGAAUCGACUUAUCAAUAACGGAGGCAAGGCCAGUGCCGUUAUCCCUAAAUGUAUACCCUCUGGAAACUACUUCCUUCGUGCGGAAAUCGUUGCUCUUCAUGGCGCUUCCACUUACCCUGGCGCUCAAUUCUACAUGGGCUGUGCUCAAAUCAACGUUACUGGAGGGGGAAAUGCAUCACCUGCUACUGUAUCCUUCCCUGGCACCUACUCUGGUACCGACCCAGGUAUCACCGUCAAUAUCUACUAUCCUCCACUGACCAAUUACGUUAUCCCUGGGCCUCGCCCCUUCACCUGUGAUGCGGGCUCCUCACCAACGACUCCAGCUACCCCGAACCCUUCUACGACAUCCCGACCAACUUCAACGACCGCAGCCCCUACUACUUCCGCCCCUCCCACCAGUGGUACUGUCCCGAAGUAUGGUCAGUGCGGCGGAAUUGGCUGGACGGGUGCCACACAGUGCGUUGCUGGGUCCACGUGCAAGGUGAUCAACGAAUAUUAUUACCAAUGCACGUAG